GCAGCCUUAGUCGCAUGGCUCCUCUCUCUCGACUGAUCAAUGACGCGCAAAUUCACGUCUUCUUGCUCGGGUGAGCAGAAAAAGCAGGGUCGUCCCCACGAGAAGAGCCUCGAGGCCAAGGAGCAUGGCCUUUACAUCUACGGCCUCCCUGUGGGCGUCACUGUCCGCGAGCUCAUUGAGGUUUUCAGUGUCUACGGUCCCAUCAUCAACGUUGGCAUUGUCGGCAAGCCCAAACGCCAAGAGCGUGCGUAUGCCUUUAUCGACUUUGAGACGACUGAGAGCGCAAGCAGGGCUGUCGCAGGCCUCAAGUCCAAGAAUCUCUUUGGAAUGAGUGAGCCGCUGGAGCUCCGUCUCCGCGAGACUCCCAAGGCCGCGACCAAGCCCAGCCUUAAGGAGCCCCGACUCGACAGCAAAGAGGCCAAGGAGACACCCAAGGAUCUCUCCAAGGGCCCCAAGCCCGCUGCCUCGGCACAGAGCCAGAGCGACGUGGUCUUUGACUUCAAGACCCUCCACAUUGGCAACCUUCCCCUUACUGUCGAAAAGGCUGAUCUUGAGAAGGCAUUCUCGGUGCACGGCGAGAUCCGUCGCCUCCAGCUCGUCCAGCGACCAAAGGAGAAGCGCGCGCUCGCCUUCAUUUCCUUCAAGACCGUCGAGCAUGCUGCGGCCGCCAUCAAGGCUACCAAGGGCAAGACUCUCUUUGGCAUGACCGAGAGCCUCAAGCUCGACUUUUCCAAGCAGGAAAAGAAGAAAUCCACCGAUGCUGGUGCUGCAGCCAAGGUCGACAAGGCCACCUCCAAGACUGCAGUGUCUCCAUCGGAUGCCAAGGCGACUGACAAAAAGUCGCGCAAGGAAAAAACCCAGCGGGUCAACAACCGCACCAUUCUCUACAUCAAGGAAGUCCCUGCCGAGAUCGCCGAGGACGAUCUCAAGACCAAGUUUGCCGAGUUUGGCGUCGUCAAGACGGUGCACAUUGUCCAGCGAGUCCAGGGCACGGCUCCCUAUGGCCUGAUUAUCUUUGACAGGCCCGAGGACGCUACCAAGGCUGCUGCUGCUCGCCUCUUUGGUGGUCUCUUUGCUCGCCAGCGCAAGGUGCAGGUGUAUGACUUGCCUCUGGCCACGACCGAGGAGGACAUUCGCUUCUGGUUCCGUGAAUCCGGCGAGGUCAAGACGGUCGAGAUCACCAAGCUCGAGUCUGCUGCCGAGAGCCAAGAGGCUCCCGAGGAAACCACCUCCGGCCAAAUCGAGUUUGCUCUGGCUGACGGAGCUGCACAGGCUCUUGUCCGCGCUCUGAAUGUGCGCCUGCCCUUUACCCAGAAGAAGAUUCGGGCCGAAUAUGCGCUGCUCAAGAAGGCCGACGACAAGGAAGGCGAGAAGGGCACCGACGGCACUGGGGCUGACCAGCCCGAGAGCCCCAAGGAGGACGAGCCCAAGGACGACGAGAAGGACGAAGACGAAGACGAGGAGGCUGGCGAUGACGAGGACGACGCUCUCGAUGCCUCGCAGGAGAAGCUGCAGGAGCCUCUGACCCAGGAUCAGCUCGACCACGCCCUCGUCAUCGACACCGACGACAGCGACGACGACGACGACAUCCCCACAGAGUUUGUUGCUCUCGAGGACGUCGAGGCCGAGGCCAUUAGCCUGGAGUCUCUCAAGAUCGAGACGGAGCAGGAGACUGUGCAGGAGAUCGUCAUCGAACAGGAGCAGACCCAGGCCAGCGCUGACCGGGCUGCCGCCGAGGAGUCCGCCGCCGCUCCCUCUGCCUAAGCCUCGAACCGACUCUGCAGUCAUGCCGGCCCCUCAAGGACCACACAAGGCCCCGAUGUUAUUCCGUUGCCCGAAGACGGUUUUGUAUCCUCCAUCGCUGGCACACCGACCAGCUCCUUCCAUCCCCACCCAUCCGCCAUUUCCCCCCGCCCACCAGCCGUCUCCACUUUCUGUUUGAGACGGCGAUCGUCUUCGGACCUCGCUCCUGUGUCCCUUGGCUACUACAGCAUCAAGGAAGCCAGAAUGCCAUUCCGCCAAAAGAUCUAUUUCAUAAUCAGGAACCGUGUCCCUCAAUCGCUAAUCACUGUUUUUGUCCUGAUAUAUUUCCCUCCGCA